UUAGUAAACAGUGACAUGAGAAGAAAGUAAGUAGAGUAGUAUAUAUAGACAAUAUAUAUUUUCAUAACUAUUGUUGUAAUGUUAUUGGAUCUUAUAUUAUAUAAUUCAUAUAUAUUAUGGACAUAAUUGAGAAGAAAGGACCACAGAAUUAUAAAUUACAUUCUCCACCUGAACUAUAUAUAUAUAUAUAUAUAUAUAUAUAUAUAUAUAUAUAUAUAUGUAUAUAUAAAAGUAUUGUUUUAAAGAGGAAGCAGAGUGUACUUUUUCUGACUUGCACAAGGCUUUGUUUCUGAGAAGAGAAGUUUCAGUUUCAGUUUUUCAGGGGGAAGAAAGAUCAUUGGUGUUGUUGAAGAAGAAUAAUAAUAUGGAGGAUGGAGUUUGUUCUAGAAUAUAUGUAAAAGGGGGAGGAGGAUGCAGCGGAGAGAGCGGUGGUGGAGGUGGAAAAGGGAGUGGGAGUAGCAAAUGUGGAAGAUGGAAUCCAACAGCAGAACAAGUAAAAGUACUGACAGAACUGUUCAGGUCAGGGCUUAGAACUCCGAGUAGUGAUCAGAUUCAGAAAAUCUCUCAUCAUCUCAGCUUUUACGGCAAGAUUGAGAGCAAGAAUGUGUUUUACUGGUUUCAGAAUCAUAAAGCUCGUGAGCGACAGAAGCGUCGCAAACUUUCUCUUCCUCAACAACAACAUUUCAUUCUUCCACCUUCUUCUAACCUUCAACAUUUUGCAGAUCAGUCAACGACGAAUAAAGGUAUAAUGGAUCAGUUGGAGCCAGAAAGAAUGAUGAAAACACUUCAACUUUUUCCAUUAAAUUCUACCAUUGAUGAAACACAAGGAUUACCAGAGGAUAAUCAGUAUAGAGUAAAUGGAAAGCAGUAUGAGGAUGCAACGGCUUUCACCUACAAAAUAGAGACAAAAAUGGAUCAUCCACCAUUGGAUCUUCGUUUAAGCUUUCUGUAGAUCAUCAGAUUCAUCAUCAGGAGUAGUGUUCAAAACUUAUGGUGAUUAUCAUUGAAUUCUAAGGUUAUUGUAUUGUAGCAAGUUAGGGCUUUAAUUAAUAUAAAUUUUAUCUUAUUCUAUGUGUUUUAUUUUUGGAGAGGGAGACUUAAAAAAAAAAAACUUCGACAUUCUCAAGUGCAUGCUCAA